CUCUCUCCAAAAGCGUGUGUGUAACGCCUCCAUUAUCUCCUCUAUAUCAUUCUUUGAACUGCUUAGACCAAAACUCAUAUCUAUUAUACUGCAACAAAGGAGGAGGAGUCUUUGAGAGUAAACAUGACCGCAGGAGAAAACCCUUUUGCAUCAAACACCUCUUCUCUUCAAAACCAGCUUAGAGAAAAGGACAAGGAGCUAUUGGCAGCUAAGGCUGAAAUUGAGGCUUUGAGAACAAAUGAAGAGCUCAAGAACAGAGAAUUUGGGGAGCUCAGGGAAAACGUUAGGAAGUUGGAGGAGAGACUUGGAGUCUCUAAGAAUCUUGUUGAACAUAAGGAAGAGCAGGAGGUAGAGAUGAAGAAGCUAGAAGAGGAGAAGGAAGAUGCAUUAGCAGCACAGGACGCCGCAGAGGAAGCACUGAGGAGGGUUUACACGCACCAACAGGAAGAUGAUCCUCUACCCCUCGAAUCAGUUAUUGCUCCUUUUGAAGCUCAGAUCAAGUUUCAAAAGCAUCAGAUCUUUGCGCUUCAAGAAGACAAGAAAGCGUUGGAACGGCUGACAAAAUCAAAAGAAUCAGCGCUUCUUGAAGCAGAGAGAAUCUUGAAAAGUGCACUUGAACGUGCUUUGAUUGUUGAGGAGGUUCAAAACCACAACUUUGAACUUCGACGACAGAUUGAGAUCUGCCAGGAAGAGUACAAGUUUCUUGAGAAAAUAAACCGGCAGAAAGUGUUGGAGAUUGAGAAGCUGUCUCAAACCAUUGGAGAGUUAGAGGAAGCAAUCUUGGCAGGAGGAACAGCUGCAAAUGCAGUUCGAGACUAUCGUCGCCAAAUAUCUCAGCUCAAUGAAGAGAAGAGAACCUUGGAGAGAGAGCUAGCCAGAGUCAAAGUAUCAGCAAGUAGAGUGGCUCUUGCCUUUGCUAACGAGUGGAAAGAUGAGAAUGAUAGAGUAAUGCCCGUAAAGCAAUGGCUUGAAGAGAGAAGGCUUCUCCAUGGAGAAAUGCAGAAACUGAAAGAUAAACUGGCUGUUUCAGAGAGAACAGCUAAGGCUGAAUCACAGCUAAAGGAGAGGUUGAAGCUGAGGCUGAAAACCAUAGAAGAUGGCUUGAAGUGUCUAAACAUGUUAUCGGUCUCUCCAACAACUACAAAAGCUGAAAAGUCUGGCAAGAUUUUAGGAUUCUUGACUAGUGGUGGUGGUGGAUCAAAGAAACGAUCUACUUCUCAGCCAAGAGGCUCACUUACUGGUAGAAUCCAUGCUUUAAAUCAGCCGAUCAACAGAGGUGAAGAAAGAGAUGGAAAAGAGAACUCAAAGGUUACAUCAAACGGAGUAACUAAUGUGGAUGAAGAAGAAGAAGAACAACAAAGGAAAGCUGAGGAAGAUGGAAAUGAAGAUAUGGUUUCAGGGUUCUUGUAUGACAGGCUUCAGAAGGAAGUAAUUUCUCUAAGGAAAAUCUGUGAGAGUAAAGAGGGUACUAUAAAUGCCAAAAAUGAGGAAAUCAAGAUGUUGUUGAAGAAGGUGCAUGCUCUAACAAAAGCAAUUGAAGUGGAGACAAAGAAGGCAAAGAGGGAAGCUGCGGCGAGAGAAAAGGAGAACGCAUUGGCGAUCUUGAAUGAAGAGUCAAAACGAUGCAGAAAGGCAAACUUACGGAGAAGCCGUGUACACAAGCCAUGUUGAAUAUCAUGUCCAGUAGAGGAACAAGAUGCUUCUGGGAAGGAAGAUAUCAAAAGAAUAUGGUCUUAACUUCGGUGUACAUACUAUAAGAAAAUGAAACUGAAGCUUCAAUUAAAGAAGAGAUGUGUGUGUUUGUUAUCUCGUUUGGAUUGUAAAUUAUGUUUUUAAGAUACUGAAGCAAUACUACUUA